AUGGCUCCUCUUCAUCAACCUCCUACCAUCAUUGAGACCAGUCACAUCUCUCCCCCAAACGGCACCGUUCCAUCCACAACUCUUCCUCUCACCUUCUUCGAUGCACCGUGGCUCACGCUCCCGCUCGGCCAGUCCCUCUUCUUCUUCUCUUACCCAAACUCAACUGAACGUUUCCUAAAAGACUUUGUCCCUAACCUCAAACAAUCACUCUCCCUCACUCUCCAACAUUUCUUCCCUUACGCCGGUAACCUAAUCAUCCCACCUCGUCCUGACCCUCCGUUCUUACGCUACAACGAUGGCGAAGACUCUCUUGUUUUCACCGUCGCAGAAUCUACUGGUGGGACUGAUUUUGAUUAUCUCAAAACAGAUUCUCCUAAAGAUAUCAGAGUGUUGCAUGACUUGUUACCCAAGUUACCUCCACCUCAUGUCUCUCCUCAAGGAAUCCAGACGCGGCCGAUAAUGGUGAUUCAAGUCACCAUCUUCCCUGGAAGAGGAAUCUGUAUAGGAAACACAUCUACGCAUGUCGCAGCAGAUGGAGUCACCUUCACUCAUUUCAUGAAGUAUUGGAUGUCUUUGACCAAAUCCAACGCCGGGAACGAUUCCACAAAGAUUCUUCUACCCUCUCCGCCUAUUCACACCUGCAGAAACGUGAUUAAAGACCCAGGCGAGGUCGCCGCAGGACACUUGGAGCGGUUUUGGAGCCAAAACUCGGGGAAUCACGGCUCACAUGCUACGCCUGAGGACAUGGUUCUAGCUACUUUUACGAUGAGCCGGAAUCAGAUAGACAAUCUCAAGCAUUGGGUCACAGAACAGUCCACGAUUCAAUCGCAUGUUUCAAGCUUCGUGGUGACUCUUGCUUUCGCGUGGGUGAGCUUGAUCAAAACACUUGUUCAAGACAGUGAAACAGAGGCUAAGGGGGAAGACAAAGACCAACAAGUCUUUCACCUGUUGAUCAAUGUGGAUUGCAGGAACCGUCUCAAGUGCACAGAACCAAUACCACCCACCUACUUUGGCAACUGUAUGGCUCCUGGUAUCGUAUCUGUCAACAAACGAGAUCUGCUAGGAGAAAACGGCGUUUUGGCAGCUUCAGACGCAAUCACGGCGAGAAUCAAAGAGAUGUUAUCAAGCGAUCUAUUGAAGACAGCACCAACUUGGGGAAGAGGAGUGGGUAAAUGGGUCAUGUCCCGAUUUCCAACAUCAAUCGCAGGAGCUCCGAAGUUGGGACUGUAUGAUAUGGAUUGUGGGUUAGGAAAGCCCUGCAAAAUGGAGAUGGUGCACAUAGAAACAGGCGGUUCUAUUGCAUUCUCAGAUUCCAGAGACGGCAGUAAUGGAGUUGAGGUCGGGAUUGCGCUGGAGAAGAAGAAAAUGGAUGCCUUUGCUUUGAAUCUACAACAGGGGAUCAAGAGAUUCGAAAUCUAG